UCACGUAAUGGUGGACAUUUUAACGGGUGUUCAGUCAAACUCUACCAUGGCAUCUAAAAGGCAACAAGGCGAAUGUAUAAAGUCAAACAAGAAGAAAAAGAUCAAUAACUGCGAAGAAACACCAGAACUUUGCCGAGUCGUUCGAGACGAGAACGUGAGGAGGGCUGUGAAGGAGGCGUGGAGCAUGAAGUCUCACUACACCCACGGUGAUUUGGAGUUUGAUUGCCAUCCAUUCCCUCACUGCGUCAUCAAAAACUUCAUCAGAAGUGAGAAUUUCUUGGAGAACCUACAGAGAGAACUGCUCACACUCAACUUUCAUGCAAAGUCCAACGAUCUCUACAAAUUUAAACAGUCAGAUGACUUGAAAAAGCGAACCGAACCACACAUAUCAGGCGUGAGAUCAGCACUGUUCAGUCAAUUCAGGGUAUGGCUUGAGGAGGUAUUAGGUGUGAAAUUGGAGCCCACUGUGGAUAUUUCUUGUGCCAAAUAUGAAUACAGCGAUAUUCUUUUGUGUCAUGACGAUGAACUGGAGGGCAGGCGUGUUGCCUUCAUUCUUUACCUUGUCCCCCCGUGGUUGUGCACCGAUGGGGGAUCGCUCGAUCUUUACACAACAGACGGUCAUUUCCAACCACAGAGUGUUGUCAAGUCUCUUGUGCCUUCUUGGAAUACGCUCGUAUUUUUCGAAGUGUCUCCAGUCUCCUUUCACCAAGUGUCUGAGGUGUUUUCACAAAACAAGUGUCGUCUGUCUCUAAGCGGAUGGUUUCACGGGCCGUCUCUUGAGCGUCCUCCUCGCCACACAGGGCCUCUCGUCUCACGGAGCGAACACUUACCGAGAGAUGAGACAUUGCUGCUUGAGUGGAUCAAUCCACUCUAUCUGGAUAUUUCCUACCAGGAGCAGAUUCAGGAAGAGUUUGAGGAAAGCUCUGAAAUUCAGCUGAAAGAUUUUCUCAGGGAGGAGAAAUUCAGCCAGGUGUGUGAAGCCCUGCAAUUGGCUCAGAUCCAGUGGACGCUGAAAGGUCCUGCCAAUAAGAGAUGCUACGCAGCAGCGUGUCUGGACACCUUGCCCGAGUGUGUUCGUGCUUGUUGGGAGCUGCUUCAUUCAGAAGCGUUCUUCCUGCUUCUAUCCAACUUUACGGGCCUCCGAUUGCACUACUUGUGCCCUGGUGAUGAUAACGAUGAUGAUGAUGGUGGUGGCGAAAAUAAAGACAAACAGAAGAAAGAAAGCGGUGAAAAGGACGAACAAGCCUCAAGCUCCUCAAAUGAAACAAUCAAAGACUCAGAGCCGAGUACACCCAAGUGUUGUGGUGAAUUGCGACGAUGGACCCACGGCAACUACACUUUACUGCACGAUGGAGAGGCAGCACGAGCGGAAUACGCACUAGACCUCAUUUUGCCUUUUAGCUGUGCAGGUUGGCAGUCAGAGUUCGGAGGCUUCAGUUGUUACGUUGCGAAUGAAGAGGACGAGGAGCUGCUGACCAUCUAUCCCGAAGAUAAUUCCCUCGCUCUGGUCUACAGAGACAAGGAAACCCUCAAAUUUGUCAAGCAUGUCAACCACAAAAGCAAGAAUGAUUCUUCUUCCAGAGUAUUCUAUGACUUCUCUUUUGUUUAUUAUGAAUAA